GUUGCAGAGCAGGUUUGUUGGUAUCUGAAGAUGUCUGGUCGCGGAAAGCAAGGCGGGAAGGCUCGCGCCAAAGCUAAGACUCGGUCUUCAAGGGCUGGCCUUCAGUUUCCUGUUGGUAGAGUACAUCGUUUAUUGCGUAAGGGUAAUUACUCCGAGCGAGUUGGAGCCGGAGCCCCAGUGUACCUGGCAGCAGUGCUGGAAUAUUUGACUGCUGAAAUACUGGAGUUGGCGGGCAACGCGGCUCGGGACAACAAGAAGACGCGUAUCAUACCACGCCAUCUACAGCUAGCUAUCCGCAACGACGAGGAGCUCAACAAGCUGCUGGGCAAAGUUACUAUUGCGCAAGGUGGUGUUCUACCUAAUAUUCAGGCUGUGCUGCUCCCCAAGAAGACUGAAAGCCACCACAAAGCCAAGGGCAAGUAAAUUUGGGAAAACCAUUGUAUUGGUCCGUAAAGAAUUCAUUUUUAACCAAAGGCUCUUUUCAGAGCCACCAACGUGUUCAUUAAAAGGGCUUGCAUUUGCUCUUUUUUUCUAUAUCAUGGGAUCAGAUGUUUUAACAGUAAUCCAGGUAUGAAAAUUUCAAUUUAAGGAGCCCAUGAUGGUUACGUAAACAAAGGUGUGAGUAAUUUUUUCCUCCUUUUAGGAUGGCAAAGCUAUGAAAGAGGUUAGCAAAAUGCUGCAGAAAAUUUAGUACUCAAGCUAGUGUAAGCACACUUUUAAAUCUAAUAAAACAGUAAGACUACACUUCGUUUCUCUGCGUCUUAAUGGGACUAUAAUCACC